CGUGUGCUCAUAUGUCAAUAGACAGUAGCCGAUCUCCGGAACUGCAUACAGCUGAACGAAGUUAAGUCGGAUAUUUAUUUGCGAAAUAUUAUAACCAGACAUGUUCAAACAGGUCCUCAUCAUCACCGCGACGCUCGCAGCGGCGGCUUUCGCUCAUCAUCUCAAAGGAGCACCACACGUGGCUUCAGCAAGGCUGAGAUCUGACAACGUAGAUGGUAACAUCACAUUCACGCAACUGGAGGACAAUAAAGUCAGGGUACAAGGCACCAUCAUUGGAUUGGCUCCAGGACAAUACGGUUUCCACGUCCACGAGAAGGGAGAUCUUAGCAAUGGCUGCGCUUCUACCGGAUCUCAUUAUAAUCCAGAAAAUCAACCCCAUGGCCAUCCUGAGGACAAAGCCCGCCACGUCGGAGACUUGGGCAAUGUAGAAUUUGACGCCAACAAUAUCGCUACCAUAGAUUUCGUCGAUAGCCUUCUUUCCUUAGAGGGAGAACAUAAUAUCAUCGGUAGGGCUGUGGUGCUCCACGAGAGAGCUGAUGACUACGGCAGGUCCGACCACCCUGACUCCAGGAAGACUGGAAAUGCUGGCGGCAGAGUGGCGUGCGGAGUCAUCGGAAUUCUGGAUCCCGUAUACUACACAUACACAUGGAAUGCUGCACCCAAAACAUCUGUCACGUCCACAAUCACAUUAUUAUUCAUUUUAGCAUUGUUUGUUCAUUGAAAUCUAGGUUUAGUUUCCGUAGUUUAUUUCAUAAUUAAUUAAGUAUCACACACUAUCAUGUCGCCAUAAUAAUAAUAAUAAUAAUAUCCCAGGACAAUUCACACAACGCCAUCUAGUCCCAUUCAAAGCAGAGCUUAUGUUAUGGGUACUAUACUACUGAUAUAACUACGUGGAUACUUUUUUUAUAAAUACAUACAUUAUAUAAGUAUAUAAAAACAUCCAGACCGUUACAAACAAUCAUUCUCAUGAAUACAAAUGUUGGUACAGUGUCAGGAAUUGAACCCGCGACAUCGGACGUGAAGCGGUGUGCUAAACCACUAAACCACCGAAGCCGUCAAAUAAAUAUUGUAGUUAUCGUGAAUACUUAAGUACUUAAGUUUUAGAUAAUAAGUUAUUUAUUUCAACAGAUAAAUGUUAGUAAAUAAAA